AUGAAGAUUUUCGUGACAAUCUCUACCAUUCUGGCAUUCGUCGGCCUUUCAAUUUGCCAGACCACAUGCACUGCAGACGAUGUUCUCAACUCACUCACUGCAGUCGAGCAUUAUGCAGACAAGAUGCAGUCUGUAACUGAUUCUUCAAGUGACAACAUUGACCCUUCUGCGCCUAUCUUCAAAAACUUCGAAAGCCAAACCAAGCAUUUCAAUCAGGAUUUGCAGUGUACCUUUAAUACCACCCCAAAAGAGCAGACCGCUAUUUGCAGUGCUUAUGAGAAGUUCGCUACCUCGCAGCUGGGUUACCUCCACGUGGCCGAUGGACGCGCUUUCUACGAGAAAAAUGGACACGGUGAUGAUGCUGUCAAGAUGCAUGGAUAUAUCUUGCAGGCCCAGGGCGCGUUGCAGAACUACACAACUAAGGUCAAAGCAGCAGCUGCCUCGUGUGCGGAUCAAAUUGAAACAGCUUAUACACCGCUGGGUACGCAGCUUCAAAAACUGUUAGAGGCUUACCCCGGAACAGCUUAG